GGGGGCCCUGUCCCCCUCCCCAUCCCCGGUCCCAUCCCCGGUGCCGGCCCCGUCCUGGCCGCGCUGCCCAGCGGCAGAGAGCUGCUGAGUGUCUUUCAAAGAAGACAAACUGGGACUGUGCUAUUUCACCAAUGCUCACUGGGGAGAGGCGCUGGGGGAGCAAUAGCAUUCUCUUUACCCUCCCUCACUUUUCCCAAGAUUUAUGCUUCAACUCUCUGGAAGCUAAACUAUCAGCAAAGCUUCAUUUGGUCACAACGUGUCUUGUGGUAGAACAAGCUCUGAUGGGAACAAGAAUGCUCAGGAUGCCCAACUGCCUGCUAAAACUGACCCGGUUGGUGCUGAGCCACAAGCUGAGGGCCCUCUUCAUCCUCACCUUUAAGUUCAUGUCCUUUGUCUCCAUCCUGUUGUACUGGAGAAUCACGGAGGACGCUAAGGUCAGGGACCAAGUCUACAGCUUGCCUACUGAAAUCCACUGUGGUCACUCUGUGCCCUCUCCCCCCCACGCCAUUGCUGAUGGGCCUCCUCCUCCACCCGGGGAUGUGUUUUUUGUGGAGACCUCUGAGCGAACCAACCCAAAUGACCUGUUCACAUGCUCUGUGGAGUCAGCUGCACGGACACACCCUGGGACAAGGGUUGUGGUGCUCAUGAAAGGCUUGGCCAAAAGAAAUGCCUCCUUACCCAACCACUGGGGCUUCUCAUUGCUGAGCUGCUUCCCCAAUGUGGAAAUCCGGCCCUUGGAUUUGCCAGAGCUUUUCUCUGGGACACCUCUGGCAAAGUGGUACUCUCAGGCUCACCAGCGCUGGGAGCCUUAUUUCUUCCCCAUCCUGUCUGAUGCCUGCAGAAUUGCCAUCAUGUGGAAAUUUGGUGGCAUCUACCUGGACACAGACUUCAUUGUGCUUAAGAACUUAAAGAACCUCACCAAUGUGCUUGGUACCCAGUCCAAGUAUGUAUUGAAUGGGGCCUUUCUGUCCUUUAAGCCCAGACACAAGUUCAUAGAGCUUUGCAUGCAGGACUUUGUGGAGAACUACAACAGCUGGAUCUGGGGGCAUCAAGGCCCACAGCUCCUAACACGUGUCUUCAAGAAGUGGUGCUCCAUCAGGAGUCUUCGGAGCAGUAAGAGCUGCAAAGGGGUAAGUGCUCUUCCCCGAGAGGCUUUUUAUCCCAUUCGGUGGCAGGACUGGAAGAAAUACUUUGAAGUGGUCAGCUCCUCGGAGCUUCAGGAACUCCUAAAGAACAGCUAUGCGGUGCACGUAUGGAACAAGAAGAGCCAAGGGACAAGGCUAGAGAUCACAUCACAGGCGUUGCUGGCUCAGCUGCAUUCUCACUUCUGCCCUGCCACAUAUGAUAUCUUGAAGAUGGAUUCUGAACGACAGUGACUCCAAGGAUCAGCUAAGAGAAGUUGCCUGGGAGUCCCUAUCCCUUGAGCUGUUCUAUCACAGAUGAACCCUCUUUUGAAGCGAGGCGGUGGGAGUUCAGGAGAAAAACUAUUUGUGGGGUGUAGGUGGAGCCCAUGGUUUCAGACCAUCUGUGCAGUCCUUUGUCUUGGCUUUAACAAUAUUUGGUCCUCUGCAGGACCUUUCUUCUGCUCUGCUUGGUCUGGUGCAGAAAUGUCAGGAGGGAAGUGAGUGCUGGUCCACUUGUGGCAGCCCCUUCCUUACUCGGAAGACUAAGAUCCCUUGCUAUGACUUUAAAUCUGGAAGGGGCCUUUGUAGAAAUGUGUACCUCAUCCUCUGACACUGACUCUCAAAGCACCAAAAGUAUGGGAGAACAAGAACAAGAACUGAAGAAGUUAAGGGUGUGCUAGAGGAGGUGUCCUGAAAAAAAAAAGUAGAAGAAAACAAAGAACAAAGGAAACAAAGAAGGGAAAUGGCCUAAAGCAACUCCUCUCCUCUCCUCCUCCUCUCCUCUCCUUCCAUCUCCUCUCCUCUCCUCUCCUCUCCUACGCCUCUCCUCUCCUCUCCGCCUCUCUCUCCUCUCCUCUCCUCUCCUUCCUCUCCUCUCCUCUCCUCUCCUCUCCUCUCCUCUCCUCCUCCCUCUCCUCUCCUCUCUCUCCCUCCUCUCCUCUCCCUCUCCUCUCCUCUCCUCCUCUCCUCUCCUCCUCCUCUCCUCAUCCCAGGACUUGCUUGGAAAUUUGGUGGGAAUCAGAACAAGAGGAUCUGAGGCCAGUUAAUCAUUUAUAAAGAGCUCUUGCACAGCAAUGUUUUAUUUUAUAUUAAUGGCAAAUUAACACCCUGUGAUGAGUAGGAGAGCUCUUCCAAAUCACACCUUAAAUUUCAUGUGACACAGGAAGAACUGAAAUAUCUUAUACACUGGGGUUGUAAGUGUGAUCAAAUGUCCAUAACUGCAUCUAGUAUCUUUCAGCACUUGGACUGAUCCUACAGGAAAGAGGCAGUAUUUCUAAUAUUCCCAAGACUAGAGAGAGUUUGGUAGGAAACCUAUACUGUCUAAAUGCAAGUCGAGGAACCGAGCCAUUUAUGGUGGAGCUCUUCAAGUAGUCUGGAGCACUCCUGUAAUUCACUGUGCAGGAGCGGAAGUCUCUCCUGGGAGGUCUUGAGAAGUGCAGUCAAAAGAUUUACUCUUCUCCUGUGAGUGUUUCACUUAACUGCAAUGGAAAAAGUUAAUGUAUUUCUUUUAAGGUGCUGUUGUGCCUUUGAGGGUUCCCAACAUAGAGGAAUUUUUUUUUGCACAAAUGGUGGCAGAAAACCCAAAAGGAUAUAUUGAUUCUCUUACAGUUCUUGAUUCUCUUACAGUUCUUUUUCUGAAAAUAAUAGAGAAAGAGCUGCAAGAAGCAAGAGUAAGGCAGAGACUACCAGUCUCAUUACAUCUGUUCACCACCACAGUCUAAGUAGGUUUGCCGAGGCACAUGAGCGUAACACUAAAAUGGGGUUGACAGAGGUGAACAGAGUAUUGGCCACCCUGUUUCCUACACUAUUAAGAAAGUGCUCCAGUUACCCUUCUGAUGACCACAAGUCAGUCAGAUCUCCCAUGUCACCUAGCCUCAUAGCAAGAGCUUUUUGAAGUGGUGCUAGCUGCAAGUCCUCUGAUUGUGACUCAGAUGACUGCUAGGUCUGCAUUUGUCUGAGGCCUCUUCUGUUUCCCACAUCAUAUAUAAGAAAGGUGAGGUUUGCUCAGCUUAGCUCAGCAAUGGACAAAAAAUUAAAAGACUGGGCAUGCAAGGACAACAUUUCUCUGUUUGUCUUAGGUUUAUUUGUCUUUUCUCUGAUGAUAAAAAUGAGAAAGCCAAAUUGCCCAUCACUUUUUCACAACAGCUCCCUGUUCCCUGGAGAACAUGGCUGUGCAAGCUUAGGAGGGUGUGCACCUUUUGUUUAUUUGUCUGCUGAGGUAUCUGACUGGAGGCUAGUGCUGCUCUACAAUGAAAGCUACUUGCCUAUGAGCUGGGCAGAGUGGCAGCUCCGUGCACAAGCAGCUGCUCUGGAAUGAAGAAGGUUCUGGAAACACCCUUCCACUGGCUGGCACGCCAUGCGUGUACAUAUGUAGGUAAUGCCAUGUGCUGGGACUGGCUAGGAUGAAGUUAACUUCCCGCACAGCACCCCAUACAGCAGUGCAGUGCUCUGCACGUGUAGCUAGAACAGCAUUGGUAUCACACCAGUGCUUUGUCUAUCGCUCAGCUGUGCCCCACAGCACCAAGACUCUCCCCAAACCCCAGAGCCAGCAGGCAGGGGGUGGGCAAGGGGUGGGGAGGGGACAUCACCAGGGCAGCUGACCAAAACUGACCGAAGGGAUAUCCCAUACUGUGUGGUGUCACACUCAGCAAUAAAAGGUGGGGAAGGGGGAGGAGACUGGGGGGUGGGGGGGAGCCUUGUUAUGAAGAUACCUGUCCUCCCAACCAAUGGCUGCACAUAUUGAGGCGCUGCUGCCCAAGAUGUGGCCAGACAUUACUCACUGAUGGGAUGUAGAGAAUAGUGGUUUUCUCUAUUUGCUUCUGUGUGGCCUUUGCUUGUUUUUCUCCUCCUUUUCCCUUUAAUUAAACUGUCCUUAUCUCAACCCAUGAGUUUUUUUUUCACAUCCUAUUUUCUCCCACUGUACCUUUGAGGACGGAGAGUGAUGAGAGUGGUGUGGAGUUCAGCAAGCCAUCAGUGUGAAACCACCAUGUACUCUCCUUUGUUCUGCUCAGCCUUAUGGUAUAUCCUGGAGACAUUCAGGAUUUUGAAUGUUGCAGCUCUUCUGGCACUGAAGGAAUUCGACUCGAUGAUUCUUAUGGGUCCCUUUCCAACUUGGGAUAUUCUAUGAUUCUAUGAACAUUUUUAAGAACCUUUAAGAAUGUCUUCUGCUUGUGGGACCAGUAGUUUUUCCUGGCUGCACUGAGUGGUAUAAGUGGAUGCUACUUUCACUUCCUACUCUCUCUGUCACUACUCUUUUUUUUUUUCUUCUUCCCCCACUGCCCCCACUGUUUUAUUUAGAUGCAGACAGAGAAUCAUCAGCCCUGGCCUAGUCUGUGGUCACUGGGGCAUGGUUUGCAUAGUUUCUCCUUCCACUGGUUGUUCUUUUUUGGGCUCUUUGGGCUAAACAAGGAAAACUCAGUGAACUAGAAACCCUAACCAGGGAUGAUAAAAUGGUGGGUUUGUGAUCAUAAAGGCGUAACAGGGUGUCUACUGUGGCAAUACUGUGAACUGAAUACAGACGUGCUUGGGACCCACUGCAAUGAAUAUCUGGCUUGGUGUACCAUUACUAAUUCUAAGAAAGUGCCUUUUUGCGUACAUGGAGUAGUUUUUUUCUUGUUUUUGUUUGUUUUCCCUGUUGAGUCAGUGUUCCAAGGUUGAUAAUCAGAGAAUCAAAACAAAGUAGACUUUGGCCUCUUUCCCUUUGUCUUGUAAAGAAAAAUAAAUAAAUUUUAUUCUAUUUCUUCUCUUUGUCAA